AUGGCCCUAGAAGCCCCGCAACCGGGCGCAACAUCAUUGCCCUUCUAUCUCGCUCCAUCAGAAGCCUGUGUUAAUGAGAAGGGCGAACGUAUCGGCAAAGGCAUCAUCGCAGGAACAGACUUCAAGGGCGGAGAACUCAUCGCCGCCCUCAAGCGUCCCCUCGUCGGGUCUUUAGAUACCGAGAGGCUGAAAGAUACCUGCGCCAAUUGCUACGUCUGGACGGAGGGAUCGUCACUGGGAUCAAGACUAUAUCGAUUUCGAUAUUGCAGCAAAGCAUGCCAGAAAGAAGCCUGGAAUCGGGGUCACAAGCAUGAGUGCAAGAACUUGAAGCCCGUCAGCGACAAGGAGAUCCCGAAGGCUGUCCUGGCUUGCAUGGACGUCUUGGUCAGGAGAAAACACGGGCUCAUUCUAGAUCGGGACUGGGAGAUGCUGUGCGAGCUGGAUACGCAUAUCGAUGAUUUCAAGCGGAACGGGAAGUACGGUGGCAUUGAGCUGAUGGCCCUUGGCACUAGUCAGUUCUCGUUUACCCAGGACACGUUCAGCAAAGACUUCGUUGCUGGAAUGUAUGCGAGGAUACUUUCCAACUCUCUGACGCUGGUAACGCCGACGUACGAUCCGCUCGGAAUCAUGAUAGACCCCGUACUGAGCUACCUGAACCACUCAUGCGACCCGAACGCGUAUGUUGUCAUGGAUGGACCGGGGGUCGAGCUCCGGGCUCUGAAAGACAUCAAGAAAGACGAGGAGAUCUACAUCUCCUACAUCGACACGACGAUUCCCUACGCGCGGCGCCAGACCGAGCUGAAAGAACGCUGGUUCUUCACGUGCAGGUGCAGCAAAUGUCGCAAGGGGCCCUCUCAGCAAGAAGACAAAUGGGCCAUCGAUCCCAGGGACCUCGCCGACAAGUGGAAAGAGGUGGCUGACGAUAUGAUUAAGGGCGCUGAGUCUGCAAGUGAUCCAGCGAACUAUGUGGGAAGUUCUAUCGAUGAGAAGAGGGUUGCCGCACUCCAAGGCGAGGCGUUCAGAGUGUACGAACAAGAGCAACGGGCGUGCGAUCCGGCAGAAGCAAUCGCAACGAUUGAGGAUGGCAUGCGAUUAUGCUUCCAGUCGGGCCUAUGGCCUGUAUACCGUCAACCGUACGCCGCCUUUCGCGACGACCUCAUUGUCAAUAUGCUCGCAGCGGGUAACUAUGACCUCGCAUGGGUUCAAUGUGCGAAGAGGAACCGCCACAUCAUACCGAAGCUCUACUCACAAGUCCAUCACCCGAUCCGUGUGGUUCAGACAUGGCAGAUGGCGAUGUUAGCGCAGUACCUGGCUAGUGAAGGCCGUGAAAUUGCGCCUGGGGUCGAUAUGGCCGUCAUAGCGGCAAUGCUCAUCCACUUCGUCGCCACAACAUCAAAGACGAGCCAUGGACCAAACAGCGCGUUUUCAAGGAGCGUGCAGAAGAAAUACGAAGAGGUGGAAGCCGAACUCGUCAGUAAAUUCGGUUCGAAGGAUGGUGCCGAUGCAACUGUGAAGCGCCAGGCACACUUGUUAAUGGAGAUGGGGGAUUGGGUACAGGUCUAG